AGGUAGCGGCUCCCUGAUGCUCGCUCGGCCCGUCGGUCCACUCCACCUCACGUUAUAAUUCACAUUUACAGAAUUUAUUGCAUAUAUUCUCUUAUCUCGGACACAAAGGCAAGCCCGUAACAAUGAAUUGAGUUUAUAUAACGGAACUAGUGAUAAAUGUUAAAGUAAAGCGUUGUUAGAGACGCUUAGCUGUGCUUUGUAUGUUCUGUGGAGUGACGGACGGAGCUAUCAGGACGUACAGUAUGUGUAAUAUAAAUAAUUCUUCACUAUGACUCCUUGGCCAGCUGGGAAGUAGAGGCAGGAUGAAUCAAGACCAGUUUCUUUUAAAGUGGAAUAACCACCAGAAUAACUUUGUUGAAGUGUUUAGCUAUCUUCGUACACAGACACUGUUUCAGACUAAUCCAUGCAAGCAUCCAAUUGUCUUCCUGAAGGAUGUUAAGGGGCAGGAGUUGGAGGCUUUAAUAGAGUUUAUUUAUAAAGGAGAGGUCAGUGUAUCACAGUCUGAGUUAGCAUCUUUGAUAAGCACAGCAGAAAACUUAAAAAUCAAAGGUCUAGCUGAACCUGAUAGACCGGUAGAUAAGAGUGUGAAAAGAAUAGCAUCGCCUCCCAGACCGCAGCCUCCACCCCUGCCCCAACAGUCCACCCCAGCAACUCCUGUUGGGGUACCUCAGCAUCUUCAGGUGUCAAAAUACCCCCAGUCUAGUCCUGUUGCCAAACGGAAAAAAUCAGAACAAUUUAAUGUACAGAGUAGUUAUGUUGGUGUGAGAGAGAACCAGGAGGAGGUUGUGACUGUUGAAGCUGGUAAUGGGGAAAACUUGAGUCUCCGUGGUGAAAAUCUUAGUCUCCGUGGUGAAAAUUUAAGUAUUCGUGAUCACCCGGCUCCCCAGGUGGUGUUAGUUCCCUCACAUGAACCUCCACACCAACCAGACAUUACAUCCCACACACCCCAGCCUUAUGCUAGUCACCACGGUCCCAUCGCAGCCUCCGAGGGUGUUUUAUACUCGGUCUCAGGGACGGCAAUCUACGCGGGCACAGCUCAAGUCAGCUCAUCCAGUCGAGGGGAGCAAAUAACCCGUGAAGUAUAUCCACAAGCAGAUCAAUACCACAGUAGUGACGAAGGGACACUACCGGGACCCUCAGGUGUACAAACUCAACCCCACGCAGAAACUUCUAUGCUAACUCACAAGUACCCAGGGAAGACUAUAAAACUAGAACCAUCAAGUGCAGGUGUCACUGCGGAGACAUGGGAAGGAAGCAACCAGAGUUAUGAAGAUGGAGGGGGGGGCAUGGGGGGGUCAGGGAGUGGCCCAGGAGUUGUCCCCACUGGUGGUGACCCCUUAACAAUGCAGCUUCCCCUCCAUACUGAAAUGACAGAGUCUUCACAGCUUCACGACUCCUCGAGAGGCAUAGCAGCGUUGCGCAGACUAGGCCGGCCCCAUCCCUGCCCCUUCUGCACCAAAGUCUUCCCCUUCAAGUCCAUCCUUCGCAACCACUUACGAAUUCACACAGGGGAGAAGCCUUAUGCAUGUCGAGUGUGCGGGCGAACAUUUAAUCACUGCAGCAACUAUUAUAAACACGAGAGAUCUUGUGCCCUCAAGCUUGCAGAGUGUGCUGAGGAUCAGGCUGGUGUAACCUCAAUGCCUUUUGGUGGAGGGGAACUUUGGGGCGAUGCUGGAUCAGGAAAUACACCAGACUCACUCCAACAGUCAAACACCAGCAAUACACAACCUCAAGCACACUCCCUGUCACAACAGUCUCAUCAGCCACAUUCUUUAUCAUCACAGUUGUCAUCACAUACACUUAUAUCUCAGCCUCAGUCAAUGUCUCUCUCCUCACAACAGCAAACACUUCCUCAUACCUCACAGUCCCAGACCCUGCCUCUUUCUACACAACAGCCGACACUCUCCCGAACUUUGCCAUCUCAGUCACAUCCAGGAGAUCAUCAGGCACAUGCUAUCCCACCACACACUUAGUCACACCCUGUCAACACAUCACAUCAUCAAACAUAAUCUCUCAUAUCGUCUGUUUCCCAUAUCCAUGUGUUUCUUAUUUUCAGAGCAGCUAACAGACAGGACCCUUUCAGUGCUGAAUUUUAUCCACAUAAUACAAUACAAUAUAAGUUAUAUUUUUAGAGCUCAUCCCUUUUCAUAGUUCAUUCAUGCCUUUCCUAUUAUACACUCACACACCAUGGACUUAACCACAACCUAUCAUAUUAUGACCUCAGUCAGUUUGAGAACCCGUUUCUACUUCUGUACAGUAGUCUAAAAGUAGCAUAGUAUUUAAACCAAUUAAGUAUGCCCUAUGGGCCAUCAAUAAGUGACUUGCAAGCCUUACUUCUUAAUCACUCCCUGGAAGAGUCUACCUUUGUCAUAGGGCCUCUACAUGUUGAAUGGUCAGAGGCACUAUGACUGUCAAGACAGACAAUGGUUUUGCUGUAGGUAGCCUUUGCAGCAAAAGCAUUGUCUGUAUGGAUAGUACAUCCUGCCAUCCUGUGAUUAAAAGGUAUGAAUCUUGAAACUGCCUCAUUGAUGAUCCUUAAGUCAUCAACUCGUUAAAACAAAAUCAGGUACAGUAAUAAUAAAAUGUUUUAGUUAGUUGACAGCAGUGAUUAAGUCCAUAUGACAAAUUAUUCAGCUAGGUAAUAUUAAAAAGGUUCUGCUAUAGAACAUAGUUUGUGUUAACACUCAGUUGAAUUAUUAUAAGUAUUCCAAGGCAUUUAUACCAGGCAUUGUAUUUAAAUGUUUUGAGAAUGGACAUAAUGUAUAGAUUAAUGUUUUGUUAUUAUCCCAAUAUUCCAUCAUACCAUACAUUAAGAGAAAAAAUAUAAUUGCAUAUUAUAAUUAUUUUGUUAUUCAGUAUUGUUCUUUAAAUUUAUACAUUUUAUAUAUCAGUACACCUUAUAUCAAAGCUUGUUUUAAUUUUUAUGGCCUACGAGUCAUGAAUCAAUCUUGAUGGAGCUUCUUUUGUCCAGUGGGAUAUAUCUCCUGAAGCAGGGACAUUGUCCUACAUGGAUCAAAUUGCCUGAACAGUUGCUUGCCAGGAAAAUUAGUGGCUGGUAAGAAUAUUAUCUCAGCUACAGUACAGUUGUGGUUCAUAAAACAUACAAGUCUAACUGUCACUGAAGUGAAUCUCAUUCAGAACCACAUGACUCGGCCCUCAUUUUUCCCCUGGCUCUCUUCUAUUCUACUCACAAUGGAACGUUUUUCUCACAAAGUUUUCUUUUGCUAUACAGUAUAGUAUCAUAAAUUAUGUUUGCAUUUUUUUAUCUAUUGGGCAUUAUGACAUCAUGCUGAUCUGCUCGGUCUUUCUAUAUUAUCAUUGAAAGUUGCUCGACAAGUGGAUCUACCCUACCCUGUGCUAUGCAGUAUUAAGGAGUAUUCUUUGUAGAUAUAAACCAGCUUGAAUGUGUGGACACUUCAUACACAAGGAUUUAUUGUCUUGAUUAUUACCAUGUAGUGGAUAGUUGAAGACUACAGGUGUUAUGUAUUGUUUGGGAAGAAAAAAAUGGUUUCACUAGUGCUUAAUUUAAUCUUUUAUAUUUGAUGGUGUUUGAGCAAAUUUUAUUCUCCACCCAUGUAUGAUACAACAGGGAAGACAUCACUUCAGUUCACAUAAAGUGAUCCUCUCAUCACAUUACAACAGUUUGGAGUACAGUACAGUACAUAUACAGGGGGUCCCCGACUUACGAACACCCGCCGAUACGAACGAGGUCCCAUAAGGUCAAUUAUUUUAAGAAUCUGACAUAAGUACAACUGGUUCAUUGUGUUAACGUACGAGAACUAAUUUGAGUGGCAUAGUGGUUAGGCGAAGCGGUGUGUGGGGAGUAAUGCAUCACCCAGCCAUGCACCUUGAGGGAGCAUCAGUACCCUUUACCCUCACCACAGUAACGUUUGUGAUCAACUGCAACUGUUGUUUUUUGCUCAUCAACUCUUUUUCUGCCCCCAUCAUGGCUUCUAAAUGCAAAUAGUAGUGUAUCCAAGAAAAAGAAAAUAAUUACAAUGGAAGUGAAAGUUAAUGUAAAUAAACGUUCUGAAAAAUGCGAAACACCCUGUCAUUGGUAAAGCAUUGGGCUUCAAUCUGUCAACAGUCGGAACAAUUUUGAAAGACAAACAGGAAAUUCUUGAACAUGUAAAAGGUUCUACACCAAUGCAUUCAACUGUGAUAACAAAACAAAGAAGUAGAUUGGUAAUUGAAAAGGAAAGAUUGUCAGUGAUAUGGUUGGAAGAUCAGCCAGUCCCAGGUUUCACUGUAAGUGUCAAACUUUAAUUUUUACUUUCCUUUACUGUAUUUUGUCAUUCAGUUAAUCCCUUCCUUUCUCUUAAAUUAAGUGAUUUGAGAUGUAUAAGAGGACUUAGGCUACGGUAUAGUGCACAUAGGGUACCGUAUAUGUUCUGACUUACGUACAUUUGCGGCUUAAGAACGUCCUCAAGAACGAAACUUGUUCGUAACCCAGGGACCCCUUGUAUUAAAUUCCAUGAAUACUGUACUGUUCUACAGUACUAAUUUGCACUUAGGAGUUCCUUUUCUCAUUUACUAUAAUGUACAGUAGUCCCUCACCAACCGCGGGGGCUAGGUUCCUGGAAAACACUAUGGUUGGCAGUUGGUAAGACUAAAGGCAUAUAGGAAAUAGAGGGUUUGGUUCCACAGCCAUCAAUAACACUCAUCAAAGCCUAACUACAACGCUUGAUGAAACAAUCCCCUGAAGCAUGCCACAAAAGGGAAGGGUCACCCUGUCCUUAGCUGCCUUAAUUCCUAAAGCAGACCUCUCAGCCUUGAUAAUGAAUGUUCUUUUUGACAAUCUUUAAAAAUAAAAAUGCCAGUCUUGUCCUUGUUGAAUACCUGCUCUGGUAGAUAACCCUUUUCCUGAAUCAACUUCACAAAUUCUUCAGGUUACAUCUCAGCGGCCUGGUGAUCAGUUGAUGCAGAUUACCCAGUGAGUUUCACAUUGUGCAGGCUGUAUCUUUUCCUAGAGUUUUCAAACCAGCCCUUACUGGCUUGAAAUUUUAUGUCAGCAACACUUCCCUCAUCCACACUUUCAACAAGGUGGCCAUAAAUCCGCCCGGCCUUCACACGUAUCACCUUUAAACUUCAAGCCACAUUUUUCUGGACUUGGUCUUCCAUUUAUAUGUUCAGUGCCUUUUCCAUCUUUUCAAGAUUACGGUCACAUGGCAUCUAAGUUACUUUUGCACUUUUCCAUGUGCCACCAGCAACCCUAGCCUUUAUUGUAGCCUCACUUUUCUUGAUCGUAUGAAUCUUGGAUUCUUUUACCCCCAUGGGGUGUCCCACUGAUGUCACGCUCUCGCCAUGUUCUAAUCUAUUGAGCCCUUCAACUUUCUUUUCUCACCUUUGUCACAAAUGCACAGUGCCCACUUAGAGGACAUAGUUUAAGGCAAAAUCAGUGUUAUUACACUAGAAAAUAUGUAAUAUUAUAUCCAGUGUACAGAUCAGUAAAGUACAUCUGCACAGUAUGAGAGCACAACAUUAAGAGAGCAGUGGCGGAAGAAUACUGUACAUUGGAAGAUGGAGGGAAAAUGACGCCUCGCUAACCUGCAGAUAUAGUACUUGAAAUUCAUUGUCGCAGUUGGUGAAAUGGUAUACAGAGUAAAAAUCGUCGGGAUCUGGAAUCCGUGGAUGGGAAAUCCGCGGUUAGCGAGGGACUGCUGUAGUUUUGCUCUGAGUGCAGUAGUAAUACUACCUCUAUAUUAUAAAUUCUUUUGUUCUGUUGCCUUAUAACUCGGAAUAUUUUCUCCUCCUCCUUACUGGUUCAGUACUGUAUGAUGUUAAUAGUAUUUUCCCAUAACCCUGAGUCAGAACCACCGUUCAUUGUGUGAUUACAAAUAAAACUCCACUUAUAUAUUUUUUAAUCAUGUAUUCAACUGCAUUACCCCCGAAAUAUGUCAAAGUACAGUACCCACAGGAGGUAUUUGUAUCCCUAAUUGAGAACCUGGACUUUAUUCUAAUCUGUUUAAACAAAAAACUUGGUCUUUCGGAGAAGUUUGAGGAUUAUUAUCCAAUACUCAAAGGGAUUCUUAUUUUAACCUUACUACAGUACAGUACCAGUUUUGUAGUAUUAGAAACUCACUAAUUUGACUGAUUUUCUGUUCAGGUCAGUACAGUACAGUAAUAUCUGUACUAACUUUGCCCAAUGAUAAUUAAAUCUUAAUUAAUGUGUGUAACACUUCGAAGUUCUUAAGAUUAAACCUCUUUCAUUAUCAUCAUCACUGUUUUAUGUUCAUUUUCCAUGCUUGCAUGGGUCAGCCAUGAUAACCAUGCAGCCCCUCUCCUUAGGUUCUUAUCCAUGAGGACAUUUUGGACAACCUCUGCCAUGUCAUUCUUGGCUUCCUUCCCUCCACAUUGAUGCUUCUCUUUUAGGUGCUCAGUCAUUUUUUCUGACAUUUUAUUCCUAUACAGUAAUGUGUUCCUUUCCUCACUUGACAGAUUACUUUUAAGGCAUAAAACAAAAAAUUGAACAUGAAAAUCUUGGUGUUAACUGGAACAGUAUGAAGCUCAUACUUUAGAGGCUCAAAUUUGUGGCUGGUCGAUCUGAGGUGUUUGAUAUGGCAAGGUAUUUUAUGGUUGUGGCUCUUCAAUUUGUUUGAUUUUCAAAGCACAGAUGGAUCAUGGUUGAGGUAUCACACUCACUAACCACUUAUUUACCUGGUAAACAGUUGCUUAGACAUCAUCAUCACUGUUUUACUGCCAUUUUCCACACUUGCUUGGUGUUCUAGCUGCCUUCAGGCAAAUUUGAAGUAAAUUUUACACUCGGAUAUCCUUAUUAUCACCAACUCACCUUGACUGAGGAGGAACUGGGCAUUAUAGUUAUAUUGUACUGUAUAAGACUUCCAAAUACCUAAUUAGCUGGCAAAGUAGCAUUGUAAUUCCAUGAGUUAACCAAAGAUUACCUGCCUAUUUAUCUUUAUAGGACAAUAAACCUACUUCAGAACACAUAACCCAUGGACAAGGCAAGCAGGCUCUGCUAGGAGGGUAUCUCACUAGUUACUUGACUCUUUCUCUUAUCCAUACAAUUUUUUUUUCCAUGAUAUACAAAGGAACUUUUAAGUUAAAUACAUCCAGCACUCUGGUUAUGUUUUGUGUUCCAUCAGUCAUUUAUGAUUAACACAUUUGUUAAAUAAUUACUGAGGUACAUAUUAGGUGAAAGCUUCAUACCUGUCUCCAUGUAUUUAUCCAUUUAUUUAAUUAGUAUUAAAUGAAACAGGAUAGUGGAUUCUGUUUCCUUUAAUACUAAUUAUAUAAAUGGAGUUCAGUAAUCAUACACAAUAUCUUAAUGUAAAUGCUGUAGUUAGACUCCCUGGUUCUGUAAUUAUUGUACAGUACAGUAUAUACUAGUAGCUUUUAUAGAGGAUGUGUAGAAUUUAAAGUGAAUUGGUUACCUGUAAUUGAGUAUUUACUUGAUAUUCAUUUACCUAUUGUUUUUUAUUUGUAACUAACACAUCAUCAAGACAGGUAUUGGCCUCACAAUUUGUUAAACUGCCUGGUAGAACUUAAUACUGUACAGUACUGUACUGUAAUUUUUAACUGCAGUAUAGUUGCUGUCCUUAUACAUUGUUGUUCAGUACUAAUGUUCACCACAUUACAGUAGUCCAAUAAUUUAUACCAUAAUUGAAUUUUUAAUACACUAAGUAAUUGAGAAAUAAUUUUGUUUAUUGUGUCAACACAGUAUUAAAGCUUUGCUUCAGAUAGAUAUUAAUUUCACGGGAGCUAAUUGACAGUUUGUUGAUCAGGUAUGUACUGUACUGUACUGUACAGUAUUUGCUUUGUAGAGGACUCUGUAGCUCUGUAAUAAGAUUAUAGACUAAUCUUACCUAAGCUAGUGUGAAAAGUACAGUGUUUAAUUAAGUUCAGUUGUGAAUAGAAUAUUUAUUGUCCAACAAAAAUGUUGCCAUACUCUACUGUAUAACAACUUCAUCAUCCAGAGAUAUUAAAUACUGUACACUAGUUUGAUGACAAUUUAAUUUGGAGAAAUACGUACUUUACACACACAGAACAGAAUCAUGUUGUGUCGCAAGGUUUGUGUGUUUCACCUGCACAAAAAAGCAAACCCCUGGUAAUUCGGAAUUAGCUAACUCGUAAUGCGAUAAUAACUCGCAAUAGCAGUAAAAUAUUCAACUAUAAAUUAAUUUUUAAAUAAUUAUUUUUCACAGAAAAAAAAUACAGUAUUUUGCAUAAUUCACAAUGUUCCGAGAUAUGAUGAUGCAAUCUUCAAAUGGCAUAACACGUGUCACCUUACACUUGGGUCUCACUCUUGCACGAGCUAACCCACCCAGCAUCUCUCUCUAGCUCAAUGUGUUUAUCAUUUGUCUGUGGUCAUUUAAAAAAAAUACAAUUGUGGCUUAGAAAUACAGUAAUCCCGUGUUUUUUGCGGGAAUUAUGUUCCUGAAACCCCCGUGAAAAGCCAAAACCGCGAAUACUCUUUUUGGAAUCACUGUACCUGUGGCCACCAAACAGCUCAGGUAGGUCAUGCACUUAACCACGCCAUGCUCUACUCUCACGGCCCAGUGGUCACACUGGCAUUUACUAACAUCAUUAUAUGAAACUAAUCAUAAUGUAGUAUAAUAAUGGAAAAACGUAAGCACAGUUAUA